UCUGCGGCGCAUAGGUCCCUGGGUUCUUGGCAUUCUGCAGCAACAGACAUACAUCCGAGAUUCAGGUUCUUUUAAUUAUUAGCAAACACGUGAGCGAGCAGAGGAUGAAUCACGGCAAUACUCCUGAACAGUGUGGAUCACUGGAGAGCGUAAUGUGGGAUCUAUAAUGCGAGAAGAAAAAUAAUUAAUGAUCUAUAAAAUGUGUCUGAAAGAUCAAAGAAAGAAAAAUUAUAUAAGUUGGAGCAAUAAUACAGCCUCCUAUUAUCACAGAAUGGAUUUAACCAUUACCUGCUAAACGGUGGCUUUGCGCAUUUAUGAAGAUCUGCGAUCAAUCACGUACCAUGAUACCGGGAUUAAAAGCAGCCGACACAAUCACAGUAGGACACAUUCGAUAUCGACUCAUCGAACUGAACCAAAGUGCAUUGCUUACACUAUUGAACCUUCUACGUUUUACUCUCGUUUGUCAGAAUAAAAUAAUACAAUGAGAGCAGAGAUGCAUUGCACGGCUGCAAUUGUGAUUGGAUUUUUCUGUCUAAUAAUGGGCAAUUCUUUAUUAGCUGAAGAGCACUCAAAACCUGGACAGGAAUUUAUUCAAACUUUGCCAGAGUGUGAGAGACCAGAUUUCAUCACCUUUGAACUCGGCCGUGGUUAUACUCAGUCUACUACCUAUUCUGGACGUUCCUAUGAUGACUUUGAGUUUCCGGAUGCCCUUGACAUUGACAAUAAGCUCAUUCAGAAGUUCCAGAGUCUUGAUGUCCCUCAGAACUUCACUACGAAUCUAUACAGCAUGGUGCAGACUAAAUUUUCACUGGACAAUGAGCAGAUCCGCACCUUGAUUCUGGAACGUUCCGUAUGCUCUAACAAUUACAUGUGCAUCAGUAUUGAGGACAUUGGUAAUCUCUGCUGUCCCUUCUAAGCACAAUAAUCAUAAAAUUCAAUAACUACGUCUAAUUCUACUACAAAAAUAUUUGCAAGCAUCAAGUAGUGGAAGUGCAGAUGUAACUGCCAACUGCAGACAAUAAAUACAAAUUAUAUCAGUAUUCCGAUGUUACGUAUAAUUACACAACAUACAAAUAUAUCCGUCUACACGAUGAGGGAGUCCGAUAAAAUUGGAGAGUGAGAUGAAUGGAAAUUUGUGGGAACGGGCGAGUGAAAGAGAAAAAGAUAAUGUACGAAAAAGAGUGAAUAAAAGAAAAAGAAUAAAAAUAAAACAUUUAAAAGAAAUAGUCUUCUUGUGGCUUAAUUACAUACAUACUUGUACGUAUAACUUGAUACUAACUAACAUUAGGACUUAAUCGAGUGUAUUUUAUCUGUUAAUUAAUCAUGAUCAUCUCACUUCAAUCGUACGAUAAGUAUUCACACAUGUAGAAUCGGAAGGUGUCAGAGCUUUUAGCUGACUCUUCAUUCUACGUUUUGUUCUCCUCGCAUACAAAAAUAAAGAGAUACAAAUGUCUCGCGUUGUUUGCAUUAAAAUACAUCAUACAUUAUGUAUAACGGACGACAGACCGUAUUGUGUGCAAAUACAUAUUACAUUAAUUACAAACGAGCGUAAGAGAGCGAGAAAGUGAGACAGAGAGCAUUACAUGAGAAUGUGAUGUCUACUAGAAAAAGAAAGAAAUGAGACCAUGCGAUACAAAGAUCAUCGUUUAAUUCUAACAUUGAGUUAAAACGAAAAAAAAAAAGAGAAAUAGAAAGAAAAAACAAAGUCAUUAGAUAAACCAUAAAAGUACUAAAUAACCCAUCUUGAGAUGCGCAAGAUAAGAAGAAUCUUGCAAAAGAAAAAGAAAGUGAGAGAGAGACAGAGAGAGAGAGAGAGAGAGAAAGA